CGCCACCCCCCACCACGGGAGCGCGCACGCUCCUUUACCCUGCUCCGAAUGUUAUUUAUGGCAAGCGCGCUCCCGCGGACCGCACCGUUAUUAUUCGACGAGCGACUGACACCGAAACUACAAUGUCAAACAUUCUCGGGACACCGAGCGCUUCCGUGUUCGCGCGCGCAGGGAAGGAUCCGUCCUGAUUUCUUAGUAUACGCGCAAAACCUACCAACAAUCAGAUGAUAUUUCCGGAAGCUAAAGAUUGAGAUGAUGUAUCAUCUUUCAGACAAGGUGGAAGUGUGAGUGAGUCAGGGAGAGAUGGAGGUGAUUAGAAGAAAAGACUCCGACUCAAACGGCCUGUUCUCAGACAACUCGGACAAUGACCGUGAGCACUUGGGGGCAUGUGGGCAGACGACUGGAGUGUGUUUGUGUGAAAAUACCACCUUCUGUGAUCAGCACCCACAGGAGGACUCCAGUGUGAAGUGUGUCCAGUGCGGUAAGAACAGACCCAUGAUCACCAGAUACUCAGAGGGUUAUGGCACAGAGGAAGAGUGUGUCCAGCCUCAUCUUCAGGGAGACAGCGACGCAGACGCAGACAUCGAGGACACGGACAGCAGGCUCCAGAUUGUGGGUUCCCUCCAGCGAAUCAGCUCCCGGAAGAGAAAGCGUCAGCGAAUCACACGGCAGGACACAACCGAGAGCGAAGACGAUGGUGGGCAGAGCCACAGGACGCACCGCUGGAGUCUACGGCUCAGUCCUCAUCGCGCGCAUAACAGGACCAUACUGGAGGAGAGCAUUUCUCAGGUGCGGCCGCUGGUAAUCUGCCGCUGUGCAGCGCGAGAGACUCAAACCGUCACGGAUGACAAACCCGACAGUGGAAAAUGGACCCUGACAGUGUUUCCCGUCCCUCUUUCUCUCCCUGUGUCCUGUUAUCUGCUCAUCGUCCCUCUCUCUGUAUCCAUCAUCAUCGUUCUCAUGUCAUUCCUCCUACCGCUUACAGAUACUUGACAUUGCCUUAAAAUAUCACUGUAUAACCCUCUUCACCAUAUGAAUCAAUUCAUUUCUUUUUAGUUGUGUCUACAUGUACAGUAUAUUAGACCCUUUUAUACAUUGUGAUCUAUAGAAGCUUGAAAAAUGCUUUGGUAAAUAAUUAUGAGAUAAAAAGUCAUAAUUGUGACACACCAAGUCAUAAUUAUGAUAUAAGAAGUCAAAAUAAUUAUAUACUAAAUCACAUUUAUGAGAUAAAAGUGGGAAAUUAUGACACUAUGUCAUAAUUAUGAGAUAAAAAACACGUGACACUCUAAUUAAUAAUUAUGAGACAGUUGA